AUAAUUUCACGGUCUAAAAACAAUUGAGCAAGACAACUCCAUGAUGGCUUCCCGCAACACGUGGGGUCCCAUUAAUGGUUCUCUUGCCUGAAUGAUUGACGCUGUUAUUGUGAUGCGAACCUUGUCCAGCCAGACAAUUUUCCCAUGUUGAGCAGUCAUUUAAGGAUCAUUCAGUAUAUUGUUUCCCGAGCUGCACUGUGCUCUCCUUGCCAAUUCCUUCUCGCAUUGCGAUUCCCUUAUUGUAAAACAAUUUUAGUUUAACCAUAACAAAAAUAUGAAUUUCGUAGUAAGAUAUUUUAGUUUUGUGAUAAUACUUCAAGUGACACAGGUCAUUAACUUGGUAGCAUCGGUCGACUCCGAUGUGACAAUUACUUUAGAACAGAAGCAAAUUAUGGAUAAAUUUAGAGAUGUCGUCAGCCCACGGCUUCCUCACGAUUAUAUGAAUCAAGACAUUUAUUUAAUUAGGUGGCUAAGAGCAAAAAAAUUUGACAUCAAGGCAGCUGAAGCUAUGCUUAUGGAGAACUUACAAUGGAGAAAAGAUAAUGAUAUAGAUAACAUUUUAACCGAAGAUUGGUCCGACUUCGAGGCCGCAUUUCCGUACGAAAUUCACGGAUGCGACAAAGAAGGAAGACCAGUGAUAUCAAUGUCCACUGGGGAAUGGAACGUCCGUGGAAUCCUUCUGUCAGGAAAAUUGGAACGUGCAGUGCGAUACUAUGACAAAAUGUUUGAAGAGACCUCCACCCUCAUUCGCCAAGCACAAAAGGAUGGCGACAACAUGACACAGUUCAAUCUAAUCAUGGACUUUUCUAAUUGGAAUUUAGUUGUCCAUGCGUGUCCUCUAUGCGUGUCUCUUUACAUUCGCUUCUACCAAUCCCUGGAAACCCAUUACCCUGGCAGUAUGCAUACUGUAUGGUGCAUUAAUGUUCCACAACUGUUUAAUGCACUAUGGCAAAUUUCGAAGGAGUUCCUCUCGUCCGAUACGCAGGCCCUGAUAAAAAUUUAUGGGCGAGGGAGGGAUGAGUGGAAACAGGCCUUGUUGAAACGGAUUGACCCCGACAACUUGACCGUGCAGUAUGGUGGACUGAAUGAGGAAGGAUUGACGAUGGAUGAAGUUAAGUUUCUGAGCGGAAGUGAUCAUUCCAUUAAGUGCUCAAGAAUGCCUUCACUUCGAGAGAAGAAAAGAAAGCUGAAAGAGGUUUCCAAUUCCGAAUGAUUUAAACUCAUUUUAUUAAUUCCGCAGAAAAAUAUCGCAGUCUGAUGACAAAUGUACUUAUAUUCAGUUAAUCAAAGUGUUCAUUAAAGUGUUAAAUACAUAUUUAGAUGAUUAGCAAAUUAAGAAUAGAAAAUUAUUCAAAAUAUCGUGGAGUUAUGUAUGAGUAUAUACGUAAAUUUAAAUACAUGUUAACUUCUAUUAAUUUCACUAUUCAUAAUCAAUACACAUUGCAUUAUUUCAGAAAUAAAUAAGUUUCUGGUGUAGAUUUAGCAUGCUCCAGUUUGAUAA